AUGGCGGAGGACGGCAACAAGGACGCCGGCGGCGGCGGCACCAAGUACCGCGGCGUCCGGAAGCGCCCGUGGGGCAAGUUCGCUGCCGAGAUCCGCGACCCGGAGCGCGGCGGGGCCCGCGUCUGGCUCGGCACGUUCGACACGGCCGAGGAGGCCGCGCGGGCGUACGACCGGGCGGCGUUCGCCCAGCGCGGCGCCACCGCCGUGCUCAACUUCCCCGGCGAGAUCGCUGGGGAGAGCAGGGGCGGCGGGUCGUCGUCGUCGUCUGCCGCCGCCGCCGGCUCGUCCAGGGGAGGAAGGGCCCGCGGGAACGGGGAGAAGAUCGAGCUCGAGUACCUCGACGACAAGAUCCUCGAUGACCUCCUCGACGACGGCAAGUACGGCCGUAAAACAAAUAGUGAUGAUUUGGGACGGAGGGAGUAUAUAUAUGCGUCGCACUACUUGACAUAUACUAAUAAGUGCGUUUAG